AUGAAGAAUACAUACAUGCAUCUGAGAUUAUCAGAUCUCGAGUCAAAGCAAGUCAUAAAAUCGAUCCCCUCCUCGAUCGACGCCAUGGGUUCAUAUGAUUAUCCGCUCACCUUGGAAAUUUUAGGAAGAAGCUUAAGUACUGUGCAUUUAUUGAGAGAGAGCGUCCUGUGGAAUCACUCAUCAAGAGAUUAUACUAUUCUCACCGGAAUGUACAAGAAAGGUCAUACGGGUCCAAACCCAGGCGUGGGCCAGCUCGAGAGAACAGGCCCAGCUGGUUUUCUUUCUUCGAUGCGACAUCAACCGUUGCAUUAUUCUGCCUGGCACCGUGCUAGUCCCGCAAAUCAUUACUUUGACUCCGUCUUUGCUGAUCGUGAAACCGCACCUGUUCUUCGUCCCGUCGCCGUCCUUUCCAGGCCAGGGAAUGAAGUCGCAAUCUUCAGUGCUAUGUUCUUUAACUGUCUCAAUUAUGGAUUUGAGACCGGGGACAGGGGGGGAGAUUUCGCUGGCAUAGCAUUCUGGAAUUCGGAGUUCUCUGAGAUGAGAGAAGGGGUCUACUCCGGGGAUAGGCCCAGCGAGAAUGAGAAGAGGUUGCGCAAGCAAAGCCAGAGAAAGGAAAAGUGUUAUGUGCAUUUAUGA